CUUAUGUUCUUCCAAGAUCUUGUUGGAUUUAGGCUCAUGUUCAAGUGGAACUACAGUUUAGAGUUUACAGUUGAUUAUUUGAUUCACUGAUUGUUUAAUUAUGUCGAUUAACAGAUUGAACGUUAGCUCUGAUCUGGACGAAUAUCUGGAGAAAUCAAAAGAUCAUGUUUUGGUGCUUCAUUUUACUGCUUCUUUUGGUGAACAACGAAGCUCACAAAUUAAUGAUGUUCUAAAUGAGGUGAUUUCUAAUAAAUCAUCAUUCGGUCCUGUUGAAGCUGUUCUGGUUGAUGUUGAAAAGUGUAAAGAGAUCAGUGAUAAAUAUGCUGUCGCUUCAGUACCAACAUGUCUCAUUGUUGUAAAGGGCAAAGAGUUUGGUCGGAUUGAGGGGAUCAAUGUUUCAGCUUUAACCAAGAAAGUUAAAGAAGCCGUUUUUAAAAAUUUUCCUGUUAAUGCUCCAGGUUUGCCUGGAACCGAAGGAGAGAGUGAAGGCAAAUUAGAGGAUCGAUUAAAAAAAUUAAUCAAUCAGGCGAAAGUGAUGAUCUUCAUGAAGGGUUCUCGUGAUGCUCCAAGAUGCAAAUUCAGUCGGGAAUUGAUUGGUAUUCUUCAAGAAGAAGGAGCUGAUUAUGAGACUUUUGACAUUCUAGAGGAUGAACAAGUGCGACAAGGACUUAAAGCCUAUUCCAAUUGGCCGACUUUCCCUCAAAUUUACGUUAAUUCCUCUCUUGUUGGAGGCUUGGAUAUCAUUAAGGAAUUGAGAGAAAUCGGAGAAUUAAAGUCAACACUUCUUGUAUCAGAAUAAUCCAAAAUCGGAUCACCAUGAAAAAAGCAUUACAAUUAGUUGCUCACCUUUCGCUUAAUCUAUUCCAUUGGCUUAAUAAAUUCAACAGAAUUGAUUUGUAAUUCAGAAAAAUCAAGUGAAAACUUAAUUACCCUUUUCCAAUUCAAUGGACGAUGAAAAUCACUUUUAUCAACAAAAA